AUGAGCAAGGAGCUAGCAGCAAUGGAGCCUGGAGAUUCAGUGGAUGCAGCCAGUGCUGAGACAGCACCACACUCAGCCCUGGGCUCUGGAGUUGGCCUGCAUGCCUAUGACAUCGUGGUGGUGGUCAUCUACUUUGUCUUCGUCCUUGCUGUGGGAAUCUGGUCGUCUGUCCGUGCAAGCCGAGGGACCAUUGGUGGCUAUUUCCUGGCUGGAAGAUCCAUGACCUGGUGGCCAAUUGGAGCAUCUCUGAUGUCCAGCAAUGUGGGCAGUGGCUUAUUCAUCGGUCUGGCUGGGACAGGGGCUGCUGGAGGCCUUGCUGUGGGUGGCUUCGAGUGGAAUGUAAGGAAGCUGACCUGACGGCUCCAGGGUGUUGAGGGUCAGAACCAUCUCCUCUAUUCUAUGUUCUCCCAGGCAACGUGGCUACUUGUGGCCCUGGGCUGGAUCUUCGUCCCUGUGUACAUUGCAGCGGGUGUGGUCACCAUGCCCCAGUACCUGAAGAAACGGUUUGGAGGGCAGAGGAUCCAGGUGUACAUGUCAGUCCUGUCUCUCAUCCUUUACAUCUUCACCAAGAUUUCGACUGAUAUCUUCUCUGGAGCCAUCUUCAUCCAGAUGUCCUUAGGCUGGAACCUCUAUCUCUCCACGGUGAUCCUGCUACUGGUGACAGCUGUCUACACCAUCGCAGGAGGACUCACUGCUGUGAUCUACACUGAUGCUCUACAAACUGUGAUCAUGGUAGGGGGCGCUCUAGUCCUCAUGUUCCUGGGCUUUAAGGAGGUGGGCUGGUACCCAGGCCUACAGCAACUAUAUAAGCAGGCCAUUCCCAAUGUCACAGUUCCCAACACCACCUGUCACCUCCCACGGUCCGAUGCCUUUCACAUGCUCCGUGACCCUGUGAAUGGGGACAUUCCUUGGCCAGGCCUCAUUUUUGGGCUCACAGUCCUGGCCACCUGGUGUUGGUGCACAGAUCAGGUGAUUGUACAGAGGUCUCUCUCCGCCAAGAGUCUUUCCCAUGCCAAGGGGGGCUCAGUGCUGGGCGGCUACCUAAAGAUCUUCCCGAUGUUCUUCAUUGUCAUGCCUGGCAUGAUCAGCCGGGCUCUGUACCCAGAUGAAGUUGCCUGCGUAGACCCUGACAUCUGUCAAAGAGUGUGUGGCGCCAGAGUGGGAUGCUCUAACAUUGCUUACCCAAAGCUGGUCAUGGCACUCAUGCCUGUGGGUCUGCGAGGCCUGAUGAUCGCGGUGAUCAUGGCUGCCCUGAUGAGCUCACUCACCUCCAUCUUCAACAGCAGCAGCACCCUGUUUGCCAUAGACGUGUGGCAGCGCUUCCGCAGGCGGGCAACUGAGCAAGAGCUGAUGGUGGUAGGCAGGUUGUUCAUAGUCUUCCUGGUAGUCAUCAGCAUCCUCUGGAUCCCCAUCAUCCAGAGCUCCAACAGUGGGCAGCUCUUUGACUACAUCCAGUCUAUCACCAGCUACCUAGCCCCACCCAUCACGGCCCUCUUCUUGCUGGCCAUCUUCAGCAAGAGGGUCACUGAGCCUGGUGCCUUCUGGGGCCUCAUGUUUGGCCUAGCAGUGGGAAUCGUGCGCAUGGCUCUGGAGUUCUCAUACCCUGCCCCAGCCUGUGGGGAGGCAGACAAAAGGCCGGCUGUUCUGAAGGACUUCCACUACCUGUACUUUGCCCUCCUCCUCUGUGGACUUACUGCCAUCAUCAUUGUCAUAAUCAGCUUCUACACAAAGCCCAUCCCUGAUGAAAAGCUUGCUCGCCUGACCUGGUGGACAAGGAACUGUCCCUUACCUGAGCUGGAGAAGGAAGCUUCUGUGAGUAGGAAUGAGACGGAGUGGGAAAACACUCCAGGACUGGCAGAGAGGCCAGAUGCAGAGGGCCCAGCAGGAGACGGGGAAGAAGCAAACAGCAUCCAGGCAUCUGAUCAAUCAAGAGCCCUACAUAGGUCCUUGGGGAAAUGGCUGUGGAACUGGUUCUGUGGACUCUCUGGGGCUCCACAGCAAGCCCUGAGCUCAGCGGAGAAGGCUGCACUGGAGCAGAAGCUGACCAGCAUCGAGGAGGUGCCGCUCUGGAGACGUGUCUGCAACCUCAACGCCAUCAUCCUGCUGGCCAUCAACAUCUUUCUCUGGGGCUAUUUUGCGUGACUCUGUAGACUAGGAAUUAUUUGAAGUGAUUAAAAACUUCGGAACCCUGGUGAAGCCCAGAGACCAGCGGCAGGCUCUCCUCCCAUCUCUCUGUGCUGACUGGAGACUACAGAGGCAGCAAAUGAAAGCUUUUGAAGAACAUCCAUCCAAAACCCUUGACACAUGGAGACAUGAAGGACUAGAUAGGUCACUAGGACUGCCCAGGGUCGCACAGCAGGACUCACCCUGGGUCUCCAGCUCUAGCUCUCUUCCUGCUACACUGUCCUACCUCAAAAACAUUUCCUCGGUUUACUCCAGAAUCUACAUUGAUAUAUAUUCAGGUUAGACACAUAGUAAGAAAAAUGAGUAGAAAAUUCUAUUAAAAAUAUCCAAAUACACUGUUUCCCCACUUUCCUUAUCCCUUUCCCCUUUCUGUUUCCUCUCUCCUUCUCCCUUGCCCUCCUCAGCUCCCAGUAAUGUGUAGCAUGAGUCCAGUGAGGAGGGCCUUAUCAUGCCAUUGGUUCCCCAGUUGUGGCUGCCAAUCCCACAGGAGUGAAGGGCAGACGUAAGAGACAGGUGGCCAGGGCACGGUGCUCCUAGAUGAGGAUUCUGCUUGGCACAGUUCUAAUUCUCCUACCUUCACACCCAUUCCUGCAGUCUCCACAGCCUAGAGGCUUAGAACCUAGAUGGAGAGACAAAAUAGGUCAAAAGCAACAAGAAUCAAACAGCCCUAGGGAGUGGAAAGAACAGCCUGAGGUUGAGCUGAUGGGGAACCUUGUUAGCCAACCAUCUUUAGAGGUGAGUUUUAGAUAAGGCCUGGCUUCCCUGGGACCCAGGGUAAAAGGUGUGCACCUCCCUGUGGGCUUGCUCUGCGCCUUUUUUUUUGCUGGACAUUGCUGUGCUUGGAUUUCUCGUUUCCUGAUU